GACGGGGCUGCGUGGCGGGGUCGGCGGCGUAAGGGGCGGGGAGAAGCCGUGACCGUCCGUGCCGGCCUGGAGCUGCCGCUGCGGCGUGUGCGGGGCUGUGGGGAGCGCGGCGAGGCGGCGUGCGGCGCUCAGCCCUCGCACGGAAGCAGUUCCCUCCUCCCCCGCCGCGAAGCCCCGCGCUGUGGAAGCAGCGAUGCUGGUGCUGGUGCUGUGCGCGGCCCUGCUGGCGGGCGGCGGGGCCCAGGACGACGAGUGGAUCGACCCCACCGAUAUGCUCAACUACGACGCGGCGUCGGGAACCAUGAGGAGGCCUUACAAGGUAAAUUAUCAUGAUUCUGAGGAUAAGACGGUGGAUGGAAUUAUCGCUGAAAACUUAUCGAGUUGUUCCAGAGAAGUGGAUUCUUUGCAGCAGAAGAUUGCAGAGUGUGAGCAGAGAAACGCCAAAUCUCGGGAGAGCCGGAGCUUUUAUAUUUUUAAGCGGUACUUGAAUAAGAUUUUAAAUGAAGCCAGGAAACUUGGCCUUCCCGAGGGAAACAUGGACCAAGUGCAUUACGAUGCGGAGAUUAUCCUUACCAAACAGACACACAUGGAGAUCCUCCGGUUCCUGCAGGAGGAAUCGUGGCAGUCAGGUGCUGUGGAUGAUGCGCUCAGCAACAUUUUGGUCAAUUUUAAGCACCACGACUAUAAAGCUUGGCACUGGAGAUUUGAAGACACCUUUGGGAUUGAUCUGUACAAUAUGUUUAUGAUACUCUUGUGCUUAGUGUGUGUUGUGAUUAUAAUAGCUACAGAGCUGUGGACACGGAUCCAUUGGUUUGUUCAGCUGAAACGGGUUUUACUAAUAAGUUUUCUCAUCAGUUUUGCGUGGAAUUGGCUUUACUUAUAUAAGCGGGCUUUUGCACAGCAUCAAGCAGAAAUUGCCAAAAUGGGGCAGUUUGAUAACGUCUGUGCUGAGAAGUUGGACUGGAGAGAGAGCCUUUUUGGAUGGCUCAGAAGACAGUGGACAUUUCAGGAUGAUCCAUGUCAGAAGUACUACGAAACUCUGCUAGUAAAUCCUGUUUUGCUGGUUCCACCAACAAAGGCAUUGGCUAUUACUUUUACCACCUUUGUAACUGAGCCUUUGAAGCAUGUGGGACAAGGUAUUGGUGAAUUCAUCAAAGCACUUAUGAAGGAGAUACCACUGAUUCUGCAGGUUCCGGUGCUCAUCAUGAUGGCUCUGGCUGUUCUGGCUUUCUGCUAUGGCGCAGCAUCAUCAGUGUCUGUGAUAAGGUGCUUAAUGCCUUCUCAGAAGAAAAGGCUUCCUCUACCUGAUGAUCAACGGGAGGCAAUAGACUUCAGCCAGUAUGAUGGGAGUAAAUCCGAUGGCUACUAUUCACAGAAGACUCCUAGCGUUUACAGAGGCCCUUAUGACAGAGAUGUUCAGAUGAGACCUGGAAACAGCAGCAGUAAUCCUGAUGUGCUGCAUGCAAGUGCAGGGCCAGAUGUGCAAGCAGAAGAUGCUCAAAAAACAGAAGCUGGUAAUAGAUUGCACACUGAGGCUGAAGUUUGUAGACUAGAAACUUCACCAACUGCAACCCUUACCGGAGAAAAGGCACUUGAGCAUGAGAAGCAGUGGACAGAUAAAGCAGAGCAAGAAAGUGAAAAAAAUUGUGAUCGUAACAGAAACGUGGAAGGACAAAGUUGUGAAGUGGAACCAGCUGAAGAGAGGAGGAGCAGUACAUGUGAGUCACAGGAAGGAGACUGAUGCGCCCCACACUCUGCGGUGGAGUAGAGGACGUUGCUACUGAAGCAGCUGAGAAUCUGUUCUUCUCCUGGAAGUGGCAUCUCUGAUCAUCCAUCCUGUUACUCUGGAAUCGGCUCAGCAGAUCAAAGAACCCUUCAUCUGCCACUGUUUCUCGACUGUUUCUCUGAAGAGGAGAGAAAAGUUAGAGGUACUUGUAACUCAGAAGUACCUAAAAAUCAGGGCAACUGCAGGGCAGUUUGAUUCCAGUAAUAUAUUUGCAUAUCUGAAAUUCAUUAAACUAAUUUUUUUUUUUUAGUUAUCUAGUCCUGUAGACAGAUUUAUCCAAAGAAGCCACAUUUAUAAUAUGGCAAAUGGUUCUGGAAGGUAAAAUCCAGUAGAGGCAUUUUGUUCUCAGGAAGAAAUAGUACUCUGAGUGGUAUAAGUAAGUCCACCAAGAACCCCAGUGCCCAUAAGCCAUGAAACUGCCAUUUGCUCCUUAGAUCUGUGUUCAAUAGCACUCUACGAGAUCAAAUGAGACUGUUUCUUUUUAAUCAACUUCCACAAAGAGUGCAGUAAUUUAAAAUAUACCCUUAAUUACACCUUUCACUGUCUGAAUCCCAAAAGCUAUAUUUUGUAAGUUAGUAGAAGCAGAGUCUGGGAGAAAUGCUAGAAAUAAAAUACAUGCAAGCUAAGCUCUAAUUUUAAACAAUCCAUUAAGAAAACGUAGCAGUCCCAAUAGUAAGAGAGGCUUAUAGCUGUCACUGCCCAGGAGACAGAAGGACAAUGGCAGAUUCUACAUCAACCUACAGUGUUUAACUAAAAAUGUUAUCUGUACAGACAUCUUUCCCAUAGUUUUAGUCAAAUCAAGAUUAUGUGAAGUCAAGGUUAUGAUCUGUACAGGACUCCAAACCUACCCUCUGAGAGUUGGGGAGGCGGCUGUCAAUAGAAUUACUGGCAUCCUGCAGAACUUUGGAAGUGGUGCCAUUUUUAUACUUUUUGCCUUUGAGUCGAUUAACAAAAUGCAGUUUUGCUGAAGGUUUGGCAAUGAGUGGUUUCUGUUUAGCAAGGAUCUCACUGUUCCAGUUCUGAACCUAAAAAACAAAAACAUUUUCAUCAUAUAUUCUUUUAUUUUUUAUUUGUAUAUUCUUUUCCUCCCAAAAUGCAGCUUUAUGCUAUUCAUUUUAUCCAACCACUAGAACAUAAAAACUUAGUUUUUGCUUCUGUUACUUGACCUGUGAUUAUUGAGAUCUUGUUACCGGAAUCAGGACACUACUGUUACUGAUCUGCCCUAUGACUGAGCCAUCAUGCAACAACUGAUUUGACUAACAUGUGCUCAUGGCCUGUGUAAUCAAACGUGCUGAUGUGCACACAGAAACUGUAGGAAGAAUGGAGAAAAUGCCAGCAAAAGAGCAAACAGUAUUAACUAUCUCAUUUCACUGAAGACAGCAGGGAAAGCUUUAUUAGUCUGACAGAGUUCCCCUAAAUUCUCUUCUAAAAUAAGUGCCCCGUAGAUCUGAUAACUUCCUCUACAAUAACAAACUUCCCUAAUUGGAACAAAACAAGUUCUUGUCCCUGCAUCAGAGCCUGUAGCCACAAUCUAAUCUUCCAGCAAAAGAGAAUUCAUUCUAAAGCCUUAGAGAUCAACCUGCGAUCCAGCUCCCAGAUGACAGUAUCCUGUACAGUCAAACUUACUGCUAGUGUCUGCCGUGUUGUUCUACACAUCAAAGACAUUUAGGGAGCAAACUUCAGAACCUUCUACAUGAAUGUCUUGAAAAGAGCCCUUUAUAAGCACUAAGCCACAAAACUAGGUUAAUACUAGAUUAUAAAAAUCUACAUGAAGCAUUUGAGUAUAUUUAGGGCAGACAAUCACAGGCGCUACAUAUUUUAAAAGAUACCACAGACAAAUGGGUUCAGAGAAUAAGAAAAGACAGCUGAUACUGCCAAAAGCUUAAGGGUUCCCUGCAGGGAAAUCCAUCUGCAAUAAAACCCAGCAUCUUUAGAAGUCCGUGUCCAAAGCAGCACUCAAAGCAAUAGUGCUGCAGCUGCACCAGCUGUCACCGUCAUUUUGUAUUUUUAAACAUGGUGGUAUGCUUUGGCUCACUUGAAAAGAUGGGCAUCAGAUAGCCCAACGUGCAGGGAAAAAACAGCAAUUUCACCUUAACUCUGGGAUUGUUUAUGUAGAAGUGCCAGCUCACAUUUAAAUUCCAAAGAGACUUCUCCUUGAAGACUGACCUAAAGCUUUGGAGUUCUGUUCUGAAUCAUUUUCUACAUCAUACAAAAGCCACACUCUUAAAGAAGUGAUUACAGGAAUUCUUUUGAUGUCAGUCAUCAUUUUUAACAUUCAACUCUUACAAAAACCUUUACAUUUCACUGCAAUCUCAUCAGCAGAG